CAAAGAAGUGGACCUAUCCGCUUACCCUUUUCCAUUUCCGACAUCGAUCCUGAUCCUUAGACCUAGGAUGGUGCCCUUCAGAAUCCUUUCCGCGCUGCUGGUCAGCAUCCUCCUUAUUGUCUCUUCUUCGUCCGUUUGCGCAAAACCUUUAACCCCACAUUGGAAACGAGACAUCGGUCGAUAUAUUCGAAUUGGCUACCCCGGCCGGCCCAAGAGUAGCUCCAUCAACGUCAAGAAGCGAGCGACGACAUGCAACGGUUCGUCGGACCUGUGCAACCGCCUCUACUCCAACGUGACAUUCGCCGGUGCGCACAACUCGUACGCUAUUGCCAAUGGCGCUGGUGGGCUGGCUUCCAACCAGAAUGUAUCGCUUGCAGGCCAGCUUAACGCAGGUAUCCGGCUCUUGCAAAGCCAAGCGCACAACAGCACCAAUCAGACAGCCAGUGGAGCGGGGAUUGACCUCUGCCACACAUCCUGCUCCAUCUUCCAAGGCGGAUCACUCGAGUACUACUUGGGCCAAGUCAAGUCCUGGGUUGAUGCCAACCCGACCGAAGUUGUGACACUGCUCAUCGUUAAUUCGGACGGCUCGCCUCCCUCAAAGUUUGCUCAAGCCUUUGAAAGCACGGGCCUGGUUUCCAAAAUGUACCAACCCUCCUCCGGCACAAUCUCUCGUAACAGCUGGCCGACGCUGGGCAGCAUGGUGGACUCUGGUCGCACCGUCGUAGGCUUUCUCUCGACGGAGGCCGACUUCCAGAGCGUAAAUUAUCUCCUCGACGAGUUCUCAAACGUGUGGGAGACACCAUUCGGACAGACCCAAACGCCCUUCAACUGCUCCAUCGACCGUAUCGGCCAAAGCGUCACCGACUCGUCGCAGCUCAUGUACCUUUCAAACCAGUUCUUGGACCAGUCUCUCUUUGGCGGAUCCGGUAGCAGCAGCAGCGGCAGCAGCGGCGAUGCGCUUACCACGCCCGACACGGACGCGUUGGGCACGACAAACUCGGUUGACACGACGCUCUCGACGUCGUACACCUGCGCUUCGGAGCACAACAACGUCAACCCAAACUUCAUUCUGACCGACUAUAGCACGACACCAAGCUACAGCUUUAUGCGUGGCGUGGCCCAGCUCAACGGCGUCAACUACACUGCCCCCAGCAGCAGCGAGGAAGGCGGCGCUAGCGGAGGUAGCAGUGGAUCAUCAGCAUCCUCUCUUCCUUCUCACGUUCUUGGUGCUGCCGUAGUCAUGCUCGCGGCUCUCUUUAUCAUCUGAAAGCUCAAUCGCCAUCGAAAGGACUUCCCCCCACGCCAACCCCUGUAGCAUCUCUUGGACAUUGCAUUUUCUCAUGAUGAAAUGAAAGUACACGAUUCAGUC